AUGGACAAUUCCUCCAGCUCUGGUGAUCUAGCCAUGGAAACUUUUAAAUUGGGAAACAAUUUCUUUCGAAAAAUGGUUUAUGGGUGUUCGAAAAACAACAUUGGUAAGUACCAUCACACCAUUGCUGGCAUUGCUGGGUUCGGACUUGGGCCUCACUCGUUAAUGAGUCAGCUUAGCGAUAUGGUAGGUGGUAAGUUCGCGUACUGCCUAGUUCAUUAUUCGAAAAUAAAUACAAGAAGCAAGAUUAGUUUUGGGACUAGCGCAAUUGUGUGUGGACGCAGCACCCCGUUGGUAUCCGAAUAUAUCACAUUGGAAGCGAUUAGUGUCGAAAAUAUGGAAUUUCCCAUCAUGGUUGGUCAUGAGAAAACCUAUACGAGAAUUCCUUUUAGGAGUCCUGCCAUAUUAGAUACCGGCGCGUUUUUAUCUUAUUUACCGACGGAUUUAUACCAAGAAUUGGAGAAUGCACUAAUCAGCGUGAUUAAACACGUGACAAUUAAAAAUGACAAAUUCAAACAUUGUUACACGAUCUAUCCAAACUUUCCUACUAUCAUUUUCCAUUUUUCGAAAGGGGCUGAAUUAGUUUUUACGAUGAGAAAUACAAUCAUUAAAUAUAAGGACUUAUGGUGCCUAGUGAUAAACCCAACUAAUGAUGAAACUAUAAUUGGGAGCUUGUUACAAAUGGAUUACAUGAUUGGAUAUGAUCUUGAGAAUAUGAAUGUUUCUUUUAGGGCAACGAAUUGUUCAGAUCAUUAA